UGGCGGCGACGGCGGCUCUUCGUCGGAGGGAGCACAGCUUGCUACGUGCCAAAGGUUGGAAAGGUGUCAUCUUGGGCUGCUAUCCAAAGAUUCCAUUGAUAAUCUGAAAAUCUGCAACAUGUUUUGUGCUUCUUGACAGAAGAUUGGUGCUCAAGAAGAAGGAUCUCUGGUGAUCUGCGGUCAUAUUAGCAGGAAUUUUAAAAACAUCUGUUGUCUUUGGAGCUGGAGGUUUACAGUCUCCAGCCAGAUACUUGCCAUAUUCUGCCUUGAUGUAAAGUCGCACUUGAGUUGCUCCUUCCGCCCUCAGUUGUUUGUGGGACUGUAGUUUCUUUGCUGUAUAACUGAACACUCAAGUACAGGGAGGAAAAACUAUUAUGUCUAAGAAGCAAAACCAAAAAGAUUCAUCAGGGUUCAUUUUUGAUGUGCAGUCCAAUACUGUGAUGGCCCAAGGAGGUACCUUUGAAAAUAUGAAAGAGAAGAUCAGUGCCGUGCGAGCCAUAGUUCCCAACCGGAGCAACAAUGAAAUUAUCCUGGUGUUGCAGCACUUUGAUAACUGUGUAGACCGAACAGUGCAGGCUUUCAUGGAAGGCAGUGCCAGUGCAGUAUUGAAAGAAUGGACAGUCACAGGCAAGAAAAAGAACAAAAAGAAGAAACCGAAACCAAAGCCUCCUGCAGAGUCAAGCGCCAGUCUCCUUGACUCCAGCAAACCUGUGUCUACCGAAGAAGAACAGUCUGCAGCAUCAUCAGAGAAGGGCGGGAUCAAUGGUUACCAUUUCAAUGGCUCGGCCAAUGACACAGAAUCUGUGGACUCUCUCAGUGAAGGUUUGGACACUCUUUCCAUAGAUGCCAGAGAGUUGGAGGAGAGUGACCCUGCUGCUCUUGAGGUGCCCAACAGAGCUGCAACUCUGGAGUUAGAAAACCGCCUAGCAGACUUCAGUCCAAAGUCUGCACAGAAUGCCCAGUCUCUCAGAGUUCAUCCUGAAUUCAGGAGCCCCAGCAAGCCGUUCUCCAGAUCAAACAAUCAGUCCACUGUUCCUUCAUCACUAGCAGUGCUAGAAGAGGUCUGUGUGUCCUCUGGAAACAAAAAGCUAGGUUCCAAUAUUGAAAAGUCUGUGAAAGACCUCCAACGAUGCACGGUCUCGCUGGCUCGGUAUCGAGUUGUAGUGAAAGAAGAAAUGGAUGCCUCCAUUAAGAAGAUGAAACAGGCUUUUGCUGAGCUGCAGAGCUGCCUCAUGGAUCGCGAAGUCGCCCUUUUAGGUGAAAUGGACAAAGUGAAAGCAGAAGCAAUGGAAAUCUUGAGCAGCCGACAGAAGAGGGCAGGGGCCCUGAAGAAGCUGACAGACGUGGCAGUCCGAAUGUCAGAGGAACAGUUGGUGGAGCUUAGAGCUGACAUCAAGCACUUUGUCAGUGAGCGCAAGUAUGAUGAAGAUCUUGGAAGGGUGGCUCGCUUCACGUGUGACUUAGAUGAACUAAAAAGGAGCAUUGAGUCUUUUGGACAAGUUUCCCAUCCGAAAAACAGUUACUCAACCAGGUCGAGGUGCAGCUCCAUCACAUCUGUGUCCGUGAGCAGCCCGGAUGAAUCCACCCCCACCCCCACAGUGUGUGCCUCUGCUUCUGCGCCAAGCCUUACAGCAGCCAGUAAGAAGCCAUCUUCCCCAACAGAAAUGCCGGCCAGUGUGGCAAGCCGCCCCUACCAGCCCUACCAUGAGGGGUUCCAGGGUAACAGAAGACCUGGCCAAGGCUACAGGGCUCAGGGACAACGCCCCAAUGGGGCCCUGCACUCCAAUUCGAAUCGGUACAGAAACAGGCCGUGGUACCAGUCCAGUUCCAGGUCCCGGCCUCCUCCUGGGAACACAAACCACCUCAGCCAGACUUAUUCCCCUGGGACCAAUGGAACUGGUACUGGCCCCGGUCCUGAAGCUGGUCCACCAGCCUCCAACACACAAGCGCCCGUGGGCUCACACAGCAAAGAAACCAAGGCUCUCCCCCAGCGGAAACCUCGGUCGAGUCAAAACGAGGGGGCCAAUUCUUGAGGACCACGAACUCUCUCCGCCUUCCAAGACCGGAUGACAGGAUUGUAGGACACACCUAGCUAGAGAUAAUAACAAAGGAAAGUUUACACUUGCCGUCCCUGUGCCACUUUUCUUCCCUGAUCAUUCCUUGUUCCAGGAAAGCAGCAUCCUUUUGCUUCUCCUGUUCCCGCCUCCUGCCCAUGUGACGUGGGUCAGGCUGUGGUGAGAAAGUGCACCCUCAUGCUGACAGGCCCGGUCUGGGCCAACCUCAUUGCUGCUUCCUCCCCGGUGCUCUGUGGCUCCUCUUAAUUCUGAUGCCGUCCUUGAACCGUUGGCAGAGCCUCAGCCUAAAAGCAAAAGACCGAGAGAGGGAUGUCUUCCAAGAGCCCCUUCUCUUAAAAGCUUCUGGAAUACCACCACCACCCCCUAUACAUACUGCCCAAUGCAGCUAGCCAGCAAAGUUAUUCUUUGUCUCCUAACAGCAAAGUUAUUCAUGCUGGCAAUGAAACAAAUUGCUGUGAAUUGCGAGCCCCAAAUAAGAGAUCUAAAAUUGGAGGAGCCAUAAGAGAUACUGCUGGGGUGAGGGUUUUUUCUUCCUACAUCUUGACUAAAUACCACACUUGGGGAGAUGGGGCUUUGUCUGCUUCUUCCACCAGAAAACAGAGACUACGUUCUCCUGAGAGAAGCAGCAUUUGUGUAUGUAUGUCAUGUAUAAAUUUAGAUGUCCCCUUCUCUUAAUGUUUGGCGACAGAUGGGAGGUUUCGUUCGGUCACCUCCUCGCCACGAUCCCAACAUCUGACCCUAAACUAAAUUUCUAGCGAUCUAAUUAGCAGUACUAAUGCUAGGUGAUCUCGAGCAAAAACAAAUACCGCUGCAGUCUUUCUCUAUCGUUGUAUAAAUAAAAAAAAUGACAUACAUGUUUUAAAAAUAA